GUCACUCCAAAACGCCGUUACUACUUCCAGACAUAACAUCUUGGUAAAAUUUAAAGAAGACUUUAAACCUAUAUUUCAGAGGUAUGGAUAAUUUUGGGAUUUCUAAGAGACCCCUCAAAUGAUUGAUGGAUAAAGAACAUCUAGACUGAUUUUGUGCUGCACCUGAAUAAUACAAGUUUCCCUUUCUUUCAAUAAAGGAAACAUGCACCAUUUUAAAGUUUUGGAUUUUCCAUGAGUAACUCUUUUCUAUCCUGCAAAGAAAAACCAUUUGUCUGCAUGAAUACUCUUGAGUUGACAAGUUACAAAAUGUUUGCACCCCCCUUCUUCUGGUAUUCCUAAUGUUGGACCUCUUGAUUUCUGAUAAAUUGAAGGCAGUCGAUGAAUUUUAGCCAUUUUACUUGUACCUUGCGUAAUUGUUUUAGGGAUGUCAUAAUCAUAAUAUCGUUCUUCAUUCUAUUUUAAUGUUAUCAGAAUCAUGAAUUGUAUCAUGAGGCCAAUGUACUAUGUUUCAAGGCUGCUAUAUAAGUCUUAAACAUAAACCCUGCGCUGACCAUCAAUAGCAACAACGUCCCUUUGUUUUCCGCGCGGAGCAUCUUCAAAAACAGACAGAAGACUGCUGUUGGAAGCAACCAAUCAGACGCUGCCAUGUCGGGGCAGUCCAGCCAAUGGGAUCGCUCGAUCGGGGGAGAAAAACUUGGAUGGGCCGAUGGAGGAGAACAAUGAGGCGGCUAAAAAACGUGCUCAUCCUCCACUUCACUGUGGUAGACCACGCUAAGUUUCUGGAGGCUUCCGGGGGUUCUUGCGUGGUGUGGCUAAAGUAAACCCACGGGGCACCAUUAGCUUAAACCCCCGGCGUAACAGGGAGGCGAUAGCGCUCUGAAUUUACAUACAGGUACAAACACUCCCAGAAAAAAGGUCCCUCCUGAUCAGAUGGUGUCCCGCACGCGAGGGCAUUUGGAGGCAAACUACAGUUCCUCACCCGUCCUCACCCCUCCCUGUCCCUUUCGGCACGUCAAGCCGCUUUGCAUACCGACUUCCUUCUCCCGCUGGUUCCCAUCAGCCAGCCGGCGAGGCGAAGCGUAGCGAGCAGCAACAGCAGCUGAUAACAUGACGGGAGGAUACUGUAUCACGGAGAGCCAUGAAGAGCUGACUUUAAAAACUUCAUUCGGGAAGUAGGCGGAUGUCGUGUGCUGCCGAUAUCCAGCUCGGAGAGGAACUACACGGAGAGGAGCGGAGAAAUGGAUAAUAUUUGAUGCAACCGGGAUUUUUUUGUUGUUGUUUUUCUUGUUCGACGUGAAGAGGCUGAAUAUGCCGGUGUUUGUACACUACUGUACGUGGAAUUACACGGAGUGUUUUUUUUUCCCCACUCACAGCUCUAACCUAAGGAUUUAAAUCGCCACUUUUUUUUUUUGCUAAUUGUAGCCCCUCGGUUAAAAAAAACGCUACUUGUGUGUUGCUUAUUUUAUUUAGUAUUUUUUUUUAACGUCGUAGUUAUUGAGUGCUCUGUCCUACAGGCUUCAGGUGAUUUUGUAAGCCAAUACACAUUUUUAAAUGUAUAAAAUUAGCCAUGGGGUGGCCCCCCUCUCAAACAGCCUGUGAAACCAUUAGAAGCUCCUCUUAGCUCCCGUUUUUGACCCACCUUCAAUUAAUAUUUCUUGUGAGCUAGCUUUCCCAUUAUUACAGGUGUCUAUUUGUUUUCGUGACACCGCAUUUAUUUUGCAGUCAUAAUUAUUCUGGGUUUUCUUUAAGAUAUUUAUCUUUACACUAAGGCUGCUAACUGCUGUGUGUUUUGCAAUCAAUUAACCCCUCGCAGGACACGAAUUUCCUCAUUUUCCCGUCCUAAUAUCCACCAUGAGUUAUAUGGUAGUAAAUGUAUUGCUACGUGGACUCGUCAUCUAUGCGGUACUGGGCUCGGAGUACUCCUACUCGAAUGAUCUGCCAAGCCACUCGUCUGAUGCUGCAAAUGUAGCCAUCACAGAUCCGUGUCUCAUCGUGAUGCCGCCAUGCGUGGGCGAGGCCGACCGCUUCAGCCUGGAGGCGCUGCGGCACAUCCACAAGCAGCUGGACGACGACAACGACGGAGGGAUAGAGGUCAACGAGAGCUUGGAGGUGAGCGUCGGGGCUCAGCGCUUAGCGUUCCUGUUAGGGUUGUUUGGCGUCACUGGCACAAAUGAAGACUCGUUGGACCAGGUGCGGAAGGCUCUGAAGCGGGCGGAGAAGGAGAUGCAGUCGGAGCGCUCGGUCCCCGAGGCGCUGCAGAAGUGGCUGCAGCUCACGCACGAGGUGGAAGUUCAGUACUACAACAUCAAGAAGCAGAGCGCCGAGUUCCAGCUGUACGUCGCCAAAGACGAGGCAGAGAAAAUAAAAAAGAAAAGAGGUUCUGUGUUCGGAACCCUUCAUGUCGCCCACAGCUCGUCCCUGGAUGAGGUGGACCACAAGAUACUCGAAGCAAAGAAAGCUCUGUCAGAGGUGACGGCGUGCCUGAGGGAGCGGCUUCACCGCUGGCAGCAGAUCGAGAAGCUCUGCGGCUUCCCCGUCGUCAACAACUCAGGCCUGCCGAGCCUGACGGCCAGCCUCUACUCGGACCACAGCUGGGUGGUCAUGCCCCGAGUCUCGGUCCCGCCGUACCCCAUCGCAGGCGGUGUGGACGACCUGGACGAGGACACGCCUCCCAUCAUUCCACAGUUCUCCACCGCCGCGUUGAUCCGACCCCAGCUGACCCGCAACAGCAGCCUGUGCCGCUCCCGCCGAAGCCUGCUGAGCCAGCAGUCGUCCCUGAUGUCCCCGGACCCAGACCUGCUGUCCAUGGCCGGCUCGUCCCUCUCCUAUCGCCCCGAUGCAGACGACGAACAGUUUAUGUUCAGUUUGGAUAGGAGGGGGUAUGUAGCUGUGGCCGGAAUGCCAUGGAAUGGUUUUACAGUUUGGACUAACAGAGAACCGGCUCAGGACGGCAGCUCCGACACGGACUCCCUCUGCUCCACCAUCGGCCGGAAGCAGCUGCACUCCCCAGGCGCCGCCGACGCCCCGUACCGCCGCAUCUCCCGCGAGGAGCUGCUGCUGCUGGGCCAGGGCAGCCCGGAGCGCCCCGGCUCCACCCACACCACCAGCAGCAGCAGCAGCAGCAGCCUCAGGGACUCCACGCCUCCUCCCAUGCCCCCGACGCCGGCCGCCGCCCCCUCCGGCCCGCCCUCCACCUCCCCGUCCCCGGCCCUGGAGCACCACCCGUUCGCGCGGAAAGGCUCGCCCGACCUCACCCGCGUCAUGCCCGAAUCCCAAAGCAUGCCGCUGUCGCAGGGCAGCGCCGCCUCUCCGACGGGCAAGGGCAUCUACAACGGCAUCCUGGAGAAGUCCUACAGCUACGGCCAGCUGCCGGCGAGCAUGCUGCCCAACGUGGGGCGCCACCCGUCUCUCACCUCGCUGGACUCGGAGGGACGGACCCUGGGGAGAGAUUACAAGCUCCACAGCACCUCGUCCCAGGACUCCUGCGACAACGGGGAGAAAAUCAAGCGCUCCUCGUCUAAAAUCAAAAGCUUAUUUAAGAAGAAGAAAUAAAAACAUUCAGAGAGAGGCAGCACGUCGCGUGUGACAGCGAGAGGGAAAACUAAACUAAAGGAAGAGUUUUAUCGCUCAUACGUCACUGGAAGAUAAAACAUUUCUUUUUCUCUCCUGGGUUUGUUUUUUUUUGUCUUGUCUUCAGAGAUGGAAUGUAGCUCAGCCUGGGUGCCGUCAAACGCCCCUCAGCCUGGUAGCCUUAUUUUUCAAUAAUCCCUUUGUAUUUAGUUCUUGCAGAGAAAAAACCCGCACAGGUGGAGGAAGGAGCCGAGGCUCAAAACCUGCUCAUGGUUCUCUCUUCCUUUCUUUUCUUUGUAUUUUUUAUUUUUUUUUAGUUUGAACCAAAAAAAACCUCUUUAUAAAGGGUCUAAAGAUGCAGUUUGUUCAUCUAGUUUCAAACUCACAAAGUGUAGUGUUUCACUGAAGACGUGUUGUGUGGAUGAACUCGUGUACUUGACUCAUUUCAUUCAGGAGAGAGAGCAAGAGAGAGAGAGAGAAAAAAUAAUCCUGCUAAAAGUUUGUUGCACUACUGCUUUCUUCGUGGUUGUGUUUUUUUCUUUUAGGGAGAGUGAGAGGGAGAGAGGGCGCAGCUCACGGAGUAAGAAUCAAGAUGUCAACAUGAAGGGAGGGGGGAUGCAUGAGCGGUCGCAAUGAAAACGCAGCACAGAGCCAAAAUGAUCUGAUGUGCCCUCAGUGCCACUCUUUAUGGAUGUCUCAAUAUAAAUAUAUAAAUAGAAAAAAAAAAAAAAAAAAUAUAUAUAUAUAUAUAUAUAUAUAUAAACUGUUUUCACACGAUGUUCUUAAAGGUGAUUUUAAUAGAUUUUUAAAUUUUACGGCUUCAUCGCGGACUGAAGCCUCAGCAGUCACUUUAUCUGUGUUCUUGUCGCCCUUUAUUACUUGAUUUCCUGCAUCCUGUAGCCAUACAGUAACAAAAUAUCUUUUUUUUAAAUUUUAUUAUAUAUAUAUAUAUAUAUACCCUGCAGCUUUUUAAACCUGGUGUCACUACAAUGUUUGGAGGGGGGAUUGGCUUUCAGGUGCGUCUCUCAAGUAAGUUAGAUAAUCAUUGAAGAGCUUAUUUAUUUUUGUAAUGUAGUUUAAAAAGUGAAAGCUGUGUCUCAUGUAGUUCUGUUACAUACAGAGUGAUGUAUUUUAAGUGUUUUUUUUUUUAGGGGUGGGGGAUUUUGUGAAGAUUUGAAUCUUUCGCAAACCUUCAAAAUGGGUUUCGAUGGUCCCUGCUCGAGGAUGCAGUCAUCAAGAGCAGGGAGUCGAAUGUUGUUCUGUUUCCCGCCUUCAUAUAUACAGUAAAAUAGAUUCUUUGUUUAAAAUCUAAUCACAGUUUUAAACAAUAAAUGGCAAAACGCCGAUUAAAAAAAAAUCUAUAACCAUCUUCAAAGUUGUGUUGCUUUACGGUUUAAUCAUGUAAUUUUUUUUAUGUUUUUUUUUUUUUUUUUUGCUUAAAUGUCCACACUAUUAGAGCAGAUAGAGAAGUUUAGAAAUUAGAUUCAGCCUGAAGUGAAGUCUUGAAGUGGAUGGCUUUUGGGAAUCCAGCCUCCUGCAGUUUUUCCUUCCACUGAACUUACCAUUAAUAUUCUUUGAUGCAGCACUCUAUGAGCAGCCAUCAAGUAUUUUUAAUAUCUCAUCUCAUGCAUAACAUUUUAUUUUUGAGUAACUGUAUUUUAUUAAAUUUUUUGCUGCAAAAUGAACAGUAAUAAACGCUUGAAAUGUAUCACUCUGUGUAAUGAAUAGAAGUUUCACUCUUUAAACUGAAUGAUCUUUAAAUUUUUUUUUUUUUUUUGAUGCGCCUGUAUGUGUUAAAAUUCCAGGAACACUUAAGAAUAAUCUGCUGCCAAUCUGACAUCACACUGCAAGGCAACCAGACCCAUCCAACUGUUUGCCUAAAACAAACAAAAAAAUAAAAACAACAAUAACAGGAAAAAAACAAAACAAAACAAAAAAACAACGUGCGACAAGAUGUCAAGCUGUUUGAUGCACCAAGACCUGCCUCUCCUCCCUGCUUCUGACCCUCCCUGAGUCCCCACUCAGCUCGACCCACGCAAUAGAGUCCUGCUCAUCACCUCCGGGGCCCGCAAACCUCACGCACUGAUGUCAAGAGCUUCACACUGUGAUUACUGGCCGCUUCCUCUCGUCCCGGAUCUGGGUGUCGCCGCUGCAGUCUGAGAAUGCAACAGUGCUCCAGCAGCAUCGAGGAGGUCGCUGAGCUGAGGAUCCAAUGUGCGGUUUUGAAAAUAGAAAGAGAAGAAGAAGAAGAAGAAGAAAAAGAAAACAAAACAAACAAAAACUCGUACAUGCGACAGGUUGUCGGGCGAUGGAGCGCGCAGUGAAGGGAAUGCAGGACAGGGCUGCUAGGUGGGGAGGAAGUGAAUGUUUACGAGGAAUGUGGGGCUUUGAGAACAUUUUUUUUGUGUGUGUGGAUAUUUGUAUACUGUAGAAGAAUUAAUAAUAAUAAUAAUAAUGAUAAAAAAAUAAAAUAAAAAAAAUAAAGGAAGCAACCGAGAUGGUUCAGAGUCUUGUUUGCGGGUCUGUUUUAUGCUUUUGUCUUAAGUGGUGAAAAAGUGUUUCAUGCGAAUCAAACAGCUGCUGAAAUUUAAUUGCCAAAAUUACCAUGAAAGAGCACAAAUAUCACGGCUUUUAUAUUUUCUUCUUCUUUGAGUUUCCUAUAGCCUCGCAGGGCAUGUUGGCUGUUUUUAGUUUCAUGUCGGAAGUUGAGAAAAUUGUAAAAUAUUAUGACAGAAAGAAAUCAAGGUUGCAUCUGGAAGUCGCUGCAGGAUGAUAAUAUCAAACGUUAUAUUGAGCGCUUAGCACACAAGCCUGAAUUGUAUGGAGAUUUAUCCAGACAAAUAUAAGAAAGGAAAUAUCUUGGGAGACCUAACAAACCGGCACCUUUUCCAGAAACCUCAAGCACUAUGUGAUGUACCCAAGCUUUGCAUUAUUUACAGUGAUGAAAGACUGCUUGUGGCAACAAUUGUAAUUCUGAAAACCCAAAUUACCACAGCAUGUGGGGAAGAUGUCAUUUCUGCUCCCGUUCUGACCAGCAUUGUUACUCUGAGGCAAUAGGUGUCACUACCCCCACUUAAUUCAAACAGCUGUGUCACCAAAAUCUUCUUCAUCUUCAUUUCCUACCUAUUUAGGAUUAAAAAGAAAAGCAAGGUCAUAAACAUAAUUUUAUCUGAAAAACGUUAUGCUCACAAACAACACCG